AUGGCCGACGAUGAUACCCAUCUCUCUCUGCCGAGUGCGCCUCCCAGCUCAUCCACCUCACACUUCUACCCGUUCGCAACCUCACCAGAUGUCAUCCGCUCCCACGAGAAAGAUGCAUUUCUCACCAGCAGCCUAGUCCAUCAAUCGCAGGGCAUUGUCCGAGCCCUCCGUGGUGCCCGCUUCGCGCACACCUACUCAGACUCAAUAAAACAUAUCACCGAACUCCUCUACUUCUCUUUAACAACUGCUCUCGGCAACCGCACCCUCGGCGAGGAAUAUUGCGACCUCGUCCAACUAGAAGACGAUACACUCCAAUUACCCUCCAUCGGGCGACGAGUGGGAUACAUCUUAAGCAGCAUUCUCGUGCCAUGGACACUUCAGCGACUCCUCCCCGCCCUCCGACAUCGGAUCCGCAACAAGCUAGAGCGCAAUGUCGCGCGUGCACAGCUCCGCGCAGCACAGCAGGCUGGCCUGCUCAAUAAGCCUCAGCUUUCAGCCCCGGUGAAGAAACCAUUCUUUACCAAGCUGCGCGUUCAACAAUAUCUGCUUGAGCAUCUGGACUCAAUCACCUCCGUGUCACCCAUUUACGCUCUGAGUAUUGCCACAUUCUAUUUCACGGGCUCAUAUUAUCAUCUUUCGAAGCGUCUUUGGCGCUUGCGGUAUGUCUUCACGAAGAAGAUAGAUGAUAAUGAGCAGCGGAUCGGGUACGAGGUUCUGGGCGUUUUGCUCGUGUUGCAGAUUGCGGUCCAGGGAUUCCUGCAUGCUCGGAAGCUGGCGACUACCCCUGAUGAGGAGGAAAGCUCUCAGGGCGAGGCUUCGUCAGGUGCGGUGCUUGGCUCGAUUCAGAAUCCCUCUGCUAUUCCUCUGCUUCCGGCUUCUAUGCCUCUUUAUGACUUGGAAGAAAACCCCGGUGCUGUCUCGUGGAUUCCUGAAGGCCAACAGCGGAAGUGCACGCUUUGCCUGGAGAUGUUCAAGGAUCCUAGCGUUACGACCUGUGGCCAUGUCUUCUGUUGGAUUUGUGUGAGAGACUGGGUUCGGGAGAAGCCCGAGUGUCCCCUUUGUCGUCAGGAAGUAUUGCUCUCUAAAGUACUGCCUUUGAGAGGGUAG